AUGUCCGUACGGACCUCUUCAGGCGAUCGUCCAUGCGGACGGAGCUGCACUUGCAGAUCCCGCCCUGCUGACGCCGGUCUCUUCUUGCUUCGCUCUGUGCCAACAACCAUCUCUGUUUGCUCGAUCCUACCACGACCUAUCAUGUCGCUCGCUGCUGCCGCUGAGGCGGAGCUGCUCGACCAGCUGAGCCAUCUGCCCAAAGACCAGAACCCGUAUCUCGCCAUUGCCGCUGCCUUGCGCGACAAGCUCUUCCCAACCGUUCCCGACAGCGCCAUCUACCAACUCUACCUAGUCGCGGCCGGACUCGGAGCGCACUACCGCGCUUCUCGUGCUCGCGUCGCUGGUCCUGCGGUGGGCGAAGGGCAUCUUCUGGGUCGUUCGAAUGCAGCAGCAGCCGCGCAUGAUUCGACCCCACUGGAGCAUCAGCUGGUCGCUCAUCGCUUUCGUAAUGCUCUGUUCGAAGUGGUCAUCGUCCAUGCCGUCCAGUUCUACCGCAAAGAGACGAACAAGGCCUUCGGAUACGUCUUCUUACUCGUCUGGUUCGUCGCCUGGCUUGGAGGCAGCGCCGCAGCGUGGUCGCUCGGCGUCUCGUACAUCCUGCACAUUCAGGCGACUGCUCAACGCUCGGUCGAACACCUCGCCAUGAUCUCGAACGUCGGUGCAGUCGUCGUCCCGAUAUGCUAUUUGUCGAUACUCCUACCGUUUGCCUGUCUCGCGGGUCGCGGCUACUCGGACGCCAUCGAGGUCUUCCAAGCGAUUGACAAGCAGCUGAUGGCCAAAGCUGCGCUGUGGAAACAAGGCGACGCCUUCAGUCCCUUCGAGUUGGCGCCUAUGCUGCCGCUCUUCCAGAAGAUGGUCGACCACUUUGAGGUCUUUCUCAAGUGGUUCAAGCCGACAUUCAUCUUCUACGGUGUCACUGCCUUGUUGCUCACAAUGGGGCUCGUUUCGAUCGCCUACGUCCACCUGUCCUCGCUCCGUCGCCUGCUCCAGAGCACUCGUCAGAACGCGCCGAACCUGCAAGGCCCCAACGCUUCGAUGAGCAUGAGCCGCCGGCUGCAGCACAAGCGGGUCGAACAGACUCUUCGGUCCCUCCUCCUCACCAUCCUCCUCUUCUCCAUCCUCGGCUUCCUCUUCUUCGCCGUUGCGAUCUACGGCGCCGCGUCCCCCGAAUCGCUCAUCACCUCGCCCGUCCGCUCUCAACUAAUCGUCCUCCUCCCUUUCUACGCAUUCGCCGUCUUCGGCCUUCCCUGCGCCGUCAUCCUCGUCCUCCGCGCGCACGACGCGAACGCGGCCGAGGAAGCGACUACCGAGGGAACGAGCGGGAAUAACAAGGACAGCAGCUCCUCGGGGAGCGGCGGGAUCAAGAAGAAGAUUCGGUUCGGUCCAGCAGGAGCGAGCGGAGCGAAGGAGAACGAGUUCUCGAUCCAGCUGGCGUCGAUGCCGUCGGUUGCGAACGCGGCGACCGACUCGAGCGGCGGGGCAAGUCGACGGGACUGGCUGAGGGGAGGCAGCGUCGACAGAGGAGGUGUCUACUGGGAUGGCAGCGUCAGCGUGACGGUGGACGUGGACGUCGUUGUGGAAGACGAGGCGGAGUUCGACGAGAAGCCGGAGCUGGAGAGGAGACGAGGCGAUCUGGCCGUCUAG